CCCGCCGCCGGAUGUCGCCGGGAGGGCUCCUGACCGGAGAGGCGCGUCCCUGUCGGAGCGCGGUGCCGGGCUCCUCGCUGCAGCCCUUGCCCCUCUCGUCCGCCUCCUCCUGCUCCUUUCCCCGCUGUCCAUUGCCCUGCCUCUUCCCGCCCGCCGGCCCCGGCUGUGGCUGACAGGAUAUGUAACAUGACUCUGAUAUUCUGGACAGUUUAUCAUAGGAGCCUCUGUGAAGCUGUUUUUUUGAAGUAAUGCCAAUAGAAAGUGGAAGUUGUGCAUCUGCUCGGCAAGCAAAGCAGAAACGUAAAUCUCACAGCCUUUCCAUCCGAAGAACCAACAGUUCCGAGCAAGAACGGGCAGGACUGCAGAGAGACAUGUUGGAAGGGCAGGAUUCUAAACUACCAUCCUCUGUACGCAAUACACUCCUUGAACUUUUUGGACAAAUAGAACGGGAGUUUGAAAACCUGUACAUUGAAAAUUUAGAAUUACGUAGAGAGAUUGAUACACUGAAUGAACGUUUAGCAGCUGAAGGACAGACAAUUGAUGGAGCUGAACUGAGCAAAGGACAACUGAAAACAAAAGCCAGUCAUAGUACCAGUCAGCUUUCUCAGAAAUUAAAGACAACUUACAAGGCAUCUACUAGCAAGAUUGUAUCCAGUUUUAAAACUACAACAUCAAGGGCAAUCUGUCAGCUGGUAAAGGAAUAUGUUGGCCACAGGGAUGGUAUUUGGGAUGUCAGUGUCGCAAAAACUCAACCAGUGGUGUUGGGAACUGCAUCUGCUGAUCACACUGCUUUGCUGUGGAGCAUAGAAACAGGGAAGUGCCUUGCCAAGUAUGUAGGGCAUGUUGGAUCAGUUAAUUCCAUCAAGUUUCAUCCAACUGAGCAAGUGGCUCUUACAGCAUCUGGAGACCAGACAGCUCACAUCUGGAGGUACAUAGUACAGUUGCCUACACCUCAGCCAACUGCAGACUGCAAUCAAAUUUCUGGAGAAGAUGAAGUUGAGGUCUCAGAUAAAGAUGAACCUGAUGGAGAUGGAGAUGGUUCUAGUGACUGUCCCACUGUCAGAGGCCCAUUAACUUCACUCAAAAGCCACCAAGGAGUGGUCAUAGCAGCUGACUGGCUUGUUGGGGGGAAGCAAGCAGUGACAGCAUCAUGGGAUAGGACAGCCAAUCUGUAUGAUGUAGAGACUUCUGAACUUGUCCAUUCUCUUACAGGGCAUGACCAGGAGCUGACACAUUGUUGUACACAUCCCACCCAGCGUCUUGUGGUGACAUCGUCACGCGAUACAACCUUCCGUCUGUGGGAUUUCAGAGAUCCUUCUAUCCAUUCUGUGAAUGUCUUUCAGGGCCACACAGACACUGUGACAUCUGCAGUUUUCACCGUGGGAGACAACGUUGUUUCUGGAAGUGAUGACCGUACUGUAAAAGUUUGGGAUUUGAAAAACAUGAGGUCUCCUAUUGCAACAAUCCGUACAGAUUCUGCAGUCAACAGGAUUAAUGUGUGUGUUGGCCAAAGAAUCAUUGCCCUCCCACAUGACAACCGCCAGGUGAGAUUAUUUGACAUGUCAGGAGUGCGGUUAGCGCGUCUCCCCCGCAGCAACAGACAGGGCCACAGAAGAAUGGUGUGCUGCUCAGCCUGGUGUGAGGACCAUCCAAUAUGUAACCUCUUCACCUGUGGGUUUGAUCGUCAGGCUAUUGGCUGGAACAUCAACAUUCCUGCUUUGUUACAAGAAAAAUGAGAUGCUGGAAGGAUUUGUGUGUUUCCAUGGACUUCUACACUUUUGCAGACCUUUCUGAGUACUGGUCUGCUGUUGCUGUAAAAGCUCUUUCUUAAGUGGAGACUUUAGCAGAUGUUGUUCUUGUUACCGCCUUGUGCAGAGUUUGCAUGAAUUGUACAGAAAAUGUGAUUUUUUUUUAAUUAGUUUGUCUUGUGUAAACUUUUAUAUUUUGGCAUCCACUGGUUUAUAUGUUUACUGUUGCAUAGAGCACAUAAAUGUUCAUAAGUUAUUUAGCAUUUAAUAGUUACACAGUAGGGCAUUAUGUUUGUGACUAAAUGUGAAACUUUUGUAAUUAAUGUAGAGAGUGUAUAGCAGUCUGUUACAUUUUCCCAUGGCUUUACAUAUCUGCCUUGUGAUAAAAAGAAUCUGCAGGGCUAAAACUUUGAAAUGAAGUGUGAAUUUCACUAGUUGUAUGAUUGUAAACAUUUUCCUGUUUGCACCUGAUUUGGAAUACUUCUUUUAGGGCUUCAGGAUAGUGCAACUUCAACUCCAUUUUUAUUCCAGCUCCUGGAGAAAUAGUAGAUUUGAGAAAGGAAAUGUAAGCAACCUGUAGUGAGUAUAGACUAACAGGUUUAUUUGAAAUUUUUUUUAUUCUUUUUGUUUUAAAAAGAAAAAUACUUAUUCUGCCCUUCUUUUAUAGAGUGAUUCUAAAAUAAUGACAUUUCAUACUAGCAAAUUCCAGAAUAUUACAAUUCUAGUUGCUGAAAACUAGUCAAGCAAAUUUUGAAGCACUUUAGUUUAUAGCUAUUGUUAUAAACCAUUUAUGAAAGUUUAACUUUACCAGUGAAUGUGAGCUGACCUUUGUAAGGAUUGCAUCUUUUAUGGUGAUCUGCCCAGAAAGGAAAUAGUUUUUUGGGGGUGGUUGUUUUAUAUUUUUUGUUUGGGUUUUUUUGGCUUUUUUUUCCUAUACUAUAGCUAUUUCAAGCAUACUUUUUAUUGUGUUCUCUUCCCGUAUUUUUAUUUUGAUCCAGCAAUACAAAGUAAAUGAGUACUACCUCAAAAGUAAGUGUUGGUCAAGAUACAUUGAAUCACUCUGUAGCCUAGAAAAAAAGCACUUUUGAUCUCUGGCUGAAGUACUAUCUCUGACACAAGAGGCAAGACAAUCAUACUAAAUGUGAUCCUUAAGAUAAUUAACACUUAAAGGUAAUGGAGCAAUAUGCUAAGUAAACAUCAUUUGUCACCUUUCUGGUCUCAGCCAUGGCAAGGCUGCUGCAGUCCUUAUUCUGUUGCAAAAGGGAGUACUUAACAUAGGUCUCCCUUCUUUCUCCCUAGUGAUCCUAUUCUGGUUUUACUCCUCAUUGUGCUGAACCUUUUUUGCACUGGCAAAGUGGUGUCACACCUCAGCUGUUGAUUAUGGAAGUAAAUGCAGGUGGCAGCUGACAUCUUCAAAAGAACAGAAAGGCUGCUUCAGGCAGACACUUCUUUUUAGCUAAAGGGAGAUGCUUUCCCAUAACUGUCUGACAUAUCACAGUGCAAGACAAAGGGUGACAGUACGUCAGGGGUGGACUCUUACAAUGGGAAUAAUGGAAUUUGUGGUGGGUUGGCAUGGGUAAGUAUAAGGAACUUUUUAGCUCUUGAUUGUGUGAAGCUGUAGCUGUGCUCAUGUCCUCUACAGCACUGUUUAUAACAACAUUAAGGCAGAUGCAUCAGAUGGUUCUCCUGUUAACUAAAGUACUAACAUAUAAUGGCACUGGAGUGCAAUGGGAUGGGAUGGUGAAUGUGUCAUUGAUUAUGGGAAAGCUGGGGUCCUAGGAAUGGGUUUGGAUCAUGAUAUUGAGAAAGCUCAAGGUAUUUAAUGGAGAGCAAAUGUAGUAUCUUUAGAGUACAGGUCAUUAUUGUUUUCUCAUUGGGGUUUUGUUUGUUUUUUUAAGAUACAAGAUUUAUACAGAAUUAUGUUAAAAUACCAAAACUAGUGAGGUUGGAGAGAGAUGCUGCAGAGUUUUAAGUCUUCUGAUAACAAUGAGUAAAUGAUGAUGUCAAAGAUUUUUUUCAUGUAGUUUUCCUGGUUUUUUAACUCAUGGGUAAAGGCAUUUGAUGUUGGGUUGCAAGUCUUAUUAUUUAAGAAAAGGGCUCACUCUUAGUUGGUAGCAGAACUUUACACAGAUUGAUGCUGUUUAAAAAACAGAAAAUUGUUUCUCCAGCCCAUAGAGCACUUUUUCCAGUAUGGCCUGCAUGUAGUAUCUUGAGCAAUGACUGUCCUUUUAUUACCUGAGGGGUGAGGGUCACUGGUUUUGGUCCUGCUAAAUUGUCUGUAUAAGCUUCUCUAAUACAAAUUUAAUACAGGACCAUUAAACUCUAUGCAGCUUAAUCAUCAUUGCAGCAAACUUUUUAUAUCACCAGAGGGACCAUCCUCUGGCACCAGGAAUGGGAUGAUGAUACACUUUCACUUUGAAAAAAAAAAAUCAACUAAGCAAGGUGCUAGAGUCAUGUUCUUAUGAGCAGGCUAAUACUUAAAUCAGCUAAACACUUCCCUGUCACUUAGCUUAAUUUUAUGUACUGUACUGAAGGUUAAGCUGAGGCUGCCAUUCCCCUGAAGCAAAUCAUACAUGAGCGAUGGUAGGGAAUAAUACCACAAUGACUAUAUAUGUAGGAAACAUUUCAUGGCUUUGGAUGUUCUGAAAAGUGUUUUUCAGCACUAAGCAAUGUCCAGCAUUUCAUAAAAUGGAGCAGAGUUGCAGUUACAGUUUCAGUAUUGUGUGGAAUUUCACAGAAGCAAAAUGAAGCUGUUAUGUCUUUCAGGCAAUGUAUGUCAGUUUUCACAAAGUUUGUGUAUACUUUAUAAUCAGAUCUGGAAUGAAACAUCUUAUUUGUUGCCUAAAUCUGUGAAAACCACCUUUUUUGGAAAAAGAAUUUAUAAGUUAUGUGGAACCACUUUUUAUUAUUCUCCUAAUUUGUUUUUAGAUGUAAAAUGUUUUUUUUCUUCAUUAUGAUUCAAAAUGCAUUAAAACAUUCAAUUUUUUUGCAA